CGAAUUCCUUGUUGAAUUCUCUGUUCUUCAAUUUUUUGUUUGAAUUAUUGUUUUGUUUUGUUGUGAAUUGUUGUUGAGCAAGUUCAGAUCGAUAAUCCGGCGGGAAUUCUGAGGAUUUUGAGUUGUACAUAAUGUUUUGCUGAAUUGAAACUGAGAUCGGGAUCUGAUCCUUGAAGUUGUGUUCUUGUUGGUUGGGUGCAAAUUUAUUGUAUUUGAGCGGGAGUCGGAAUUCUCUAGAAUUUUACAUCAUGGUUAUGAAUUGGAGUUCUCCGUUUUUAACUGGACUGCUUUGGGGUUUAAGGGAUUUAGAUGUCGCUCUAUUUUUGGUGGUGUAUUCAGAAAAUUGCUAAUGGAUUUGAAUUUUGUAUAGGAGUUAUAAAUUCAUCAAAUUUGGUAAAAUUGAGUAUGUAGAUUGGGGUUUUAUGGAAGUUGAAAUCCAAUUUUAGUUCAAUUAUAAUGUAGAGCAAAAGCCAAAUCCUGGAUUUGGAAGUAGCACCUUGAAUUGUAGUUAACGGAACAGAGUUCCAGAUGUAUUAUUCUUGACUACGCUGGAUCGAUCACGGUUUUGAACUUGAGAUUGAUCUAUGUUGGGAGUUUUGGGAUCUCAAAAUGCGAAUAUGAUGUUACAAAGGAAAAUAGUUUUUAUUUACAUUGAUGCCAAUUAUCUGAGGAUUUUUAUUCUAAUUGACGCGAUGCAAUAGUUGCAUUUUUUUUUUUUUUUCAAUUCUAGUAAUAGUCUUAGAACAAUUUAGCGUGAGCGCAUGUUUCUUUCAUUGUUUUGUUGAUCAUUAAGCCCUUAUGUAAUCCUAUCAGAUGACCAUCUGUGUUUUUCUUUAAAGUUUUAUUGUAUAUUCUGCUUCUCAUGGAGCCAUGAUUUAUGGAUCUCUGUUUUUUGGUGGUGGCUGGUGGGUCUGCUAUGGUAAUUAUCUAUGGCGCAUGUGAAUUUAUGUAGUUCAUAACAUCGCUUGCUUUGGUGAUCUCUCAAGAGCCAAUGCUGAUAACCAUAUCACAUUGUGUGGUUGUGUUUAUUAUUUUCACUUGAUGAUGGGACUUUUUUUUCCACUCUUAUACCAUGCAGUUCAAGUGGAGUUGUUAAUUGCAUCUAUAAUUGGCUGAUUUGGUUAUUUAUUCUUGUGAUUUGAUGCCAGUGAAGGAAUGUGGACUGUGUAAUUGACAUGUAUGCUUAAGCUAUGGUUCUAAAGAAGAGGCAAGAUUAUGGUUUCAAUGGCUUCCAUGUUCCCUUCAUUCCUAGGGCUCCUAGAUCAGCUAGGCAGAGGGGUCUGCAUAAAAAGAAAGUUGAUGAUAGUCAAAUAUGUGCAUUUGAAUUACUUGCUUCAUUAGCUGGAAAACUACUGCAGCAGAGUGAAACUUCUUCUUCUAGCAGUGCUUCUGACCCAAAUGAUCAGCCUGCUGUUGGUGAUGAUGUUAUCAAACAGGAGCAAGAGGAAGAUAAAGUGCUGAAAACUGAGUUCGUUGAUCAGGGAAGUUGUGAAGAAAGUGCUUUUAUCCCUGAGUUUGCCCCAUCCAUCAUUGAUAGAAAGUGCAUUCUGAAGGAAUCCCAACAUUCCGAGAGUGAUUCCAUUCUGGAUCAGUCCUCAAUAAUCACAAAUGCAGAUUCCUCAAAGAAAAUUAGUACUGAUGUGAAGUCUAUGAUUUGCAAAAGCAAGAAUUCAUGUCAUGAUUUCCCUUGUAAAAUAGAGAGAGCCUUUCCUUAUGAUGGGGAAUAUAGGGAUGAUUUUGUAGAAAAUGGAUUCAGCAGACGUCGAGAGGCUGAUGCUCUGGAGACUGGAGGUUUGACUACUGAUAACACGUGUGAUUUAAAGGAUUCCAGUAAGAAAUAUCCUCCACCGAUAAAUUCAGAAAAUGAUGUCAAAGUGCCAUUACGCAGGGAUCCUGUUCCUAAUGCCUCUAUUUUAAGGCUUAUGAAUGAUAGUAAAUUAGGUAUUAGAGAUGAUGAUGAAAACUUUUCUAGGUGUAAUAACCCUGGCACCAUGCCAAGGGCAUAUAGGCAUCCAUCCCGAAUUGGGGAUCGAAGAAUAAGAAAAUUACUGACUUCAAAAUACUGGAAAGUAGCUCCAACAUUGAAGGAUUGCGAACUUUCCAAAGUUGCUUUUUUGGAUGGGGGAAUGAGGCCUCUUCAUCGUAAGCGGAAGAUAUGUUACAGUCGUGAAAGAUAUCAACAAGACACUCUUUACAAGAAGAGGAAGUUUUCUGACCAUAGCUUAGUUGUGACUUCAGAUGGAGGGUUCAGCAGUGAGAGUGUUUGUAAUUCUCCAGAAAAAGGCAUAAAUGUAGACAAGAAUGUCCCUGCUACAAUGUUUCAUGGAGGAAAUGAGGUGUCAAUGUCAUCAUCGACUAUAGGUCAUCAAGCUUCUUUGCAUUCCGAGGAUUCUCAUGUGAAGUUCAGCAUUAAGUCCUUCAGGAUACCGGAGCUUUUUAUUGAGGUCCCUGAAACUGCAACUGUUGGUUCACUGAAGAGGACAGUUAUGGAGGCUGUGACUGCUAUACUUGGAGGUGGUUUACGUGUCGGAGUGCUUUGUCACGGAAAGAAGGUUAGGGAUGAUAACAGAACCUUAUUACAGGCUGGAAUCAGUUCCAAAGAGAACCUUGAUACUUUGGGGUUCACAUUAGAACCUACUCCUGUGCAAGCUCAGCCAAUUGUGUGCACUGAAGCUCCUCCCAUUCCAUUACCAUGUGACAACUCUCAAAUUGUACCGAGGUCCCCAGCUGCUCCUGUUUUAGAUUUGGGAAUUUCUGAUGGCUCACCUGAUCCUCCUCCACUGACUAGUUCAGGCAAUAACAUUGACAGUAAUCAUGAAUCUGGUUCCUCCCAUACUGACAAAUCAACUGAUAAAGUACUGUCAGAUUCCAGAGCUCUGGUUCCAGUACCGCCUGUGAGUGUUGAGGCACUUGCUGUGGUUCCUGUUAACCAGAAAGCUAGGCGAUCUGAACUUGUACAGCGCAGAACCAGGAGACCAUUCUCAGUGUCAGAAGUAGAAGCACUAGUGCAGGCAGUUGAAGAGCUUGGAACUGGAAGGUGGCGUGAUGUUAAAUUGCGAUCUUUUGAAAAUGCAGACCAUCGAACUUAUGUGGACUUGAAGGAUAAAUGGAAGACAUUGGUUCAUACGGCUAAGAUUGCCCCUCAGCAACGAAGGGGCGAGCCGGUGCCCCAGGAGCUCUUGGAUAGGGUCCUGGCUGCCCAUGCAUACUGGUCUCAACAUCAAGCUAAGCAACACAGCAAGACUCAGGCUGCAGUUCUGAAGAUAACAGAGAGCCAUGGUGGUAGAAAUGGAGUUGAAGGUGAAAUUCACAUGUUAUGAUGUAAAAAAUAAAAGGAAAUGAUUGACAGGAAGAGGGAAGAAGAAACUUGUACAAAUGAUUUGAUUCAAAUUUCUGUAAUAUUUUCUCACACACACAUGAUUCAUUGCCAACUUCCUAAUGUGGAAGGUUUGGCAUUUGUAAAUGAUUCAGUGAAAUAAAGAACACUCUAACAGAAUAACAGAAUCUAGUGUUCCUUCAAUUCAUUGAUUUAAUUGCUGUAAUACAAAUUGAACAGAAGAAUUCAAAUAUGUAGUUUCUUUUCCCUAUCAUUAAUUUCAUUGAUUGUUCAUUGUUGUUGUUUAA